AUGUCAACAACGAAAGUCACAAUCCCAAAGAACAAAGUCGAGAUUCUGGACUGGAAGCGUCUUGUUGUAGUUCUUGAGAACGCUCCAAUUCGAUCGGUCAAAGUUGGUGACAAGUACAAACUUGCCUCUACUGAUUCGCCAAACACACUCAAAGAAUUCCAAAAGAAAGGGAAAGACACAACGAUCUUUCGUCCCGAUAUUUUGCACUACACACUUCUGACCCUCCUCGACAGUCCACUGAAUAAAGCUGGCUUACUUCAGAUAUACAUUCGAACUGAUGAAAACAUUUUGAUAGAAGUCAACCCACAAAUCCGUUUACCACGUACUUAUAAACGAUUUGAUGGGUUAAUGGUUCAACUGCUCCACAAAUUGAGUAUUCACGCUUCUGACGGACCAGAUAAGUUGAUGAAAAUAGUGAAGAACCCAGUGACACAAUACUUCCCCCCAGGGGCUAAAGUUAUUGGUCUUUCAUACGCCGCUGAGAAAAUGGUCAACAUCAACAAAAGUGUUGCAGAAAUAGUCAAAGACGACUCCUCUGCAGUAUUUGUUAUCGGAUGUUUUGCACAUGGUCAUAUUAAUGUCGAUUACACUAACGUCUCUCUCUCUGUUUCAAACUACCCACUCUCAGCCGCUUGCGUCGCUGGAAAGGUUUGUGGCGCAUUCGAAGAGCUUUGGGGUGUGCUUUAA